ACUCCUAUUAAAUCCUUAUCCGAAAUUAGGAACACCAAUUCCAGACUUCCAGUCAUGGCGACCUCAUACUUGGCCAAUCUCUUCUCUCUCCUCAAUCCCUCAAAGCCACCACCGUCGGCGGCGCCCUCUCGCGCUUCCAAACUCCCUCCGCUUCAUCUCUCCGCCACGGCGCCGCCGUCCUCGUCAAACUCGCAUCCAGGGUGCGAGCCGCUGGUCCUGUCCAACGAGGCGCAGUCGCGCCCUUCGUACUCCUCCGACGUCGCGGCGGUGGUGUGCCCUUCGUUGGCGUACGCGAACACGAUGUUCUUCCGAUCCGCGUACAACGUGCAGGUAAUCGUGGACGACAACGAACCGGAGGAGAAGCUGCUCGGCCGGUUCAGGAGGGAAGUUAUGCGCGCCGGAAUCAUCCAGGAGUGCAAGCGCCGCAGGUUCUUCGAGAACAAACAGGAAGAGAAGAAGCGGAGGGCUCGCGAUGCUGCGAAGCGCAACCGUCGGAGACGACCUCAAGCGAAAUUCACAACACAAGAUAAGCCAGAGAUCUCGAAGAGCAAGAAGGAAGACGAUGAUGACAACUGGGAUAUUCCUGAAGGAGUCCUUCCCAAGUGACCAUAUCUUUGUAUCUUCUGGUUUAAUGCUGCUCUGCUCGUCUUUUUUGCCUCUAUCAAGUUGCAGCAAAGAAUGUGAGUUUUCUGAGGUCUCAUAGUCGCAGCUUUCUUCUGCUGAUGAAUUCACUGGUUUCGGAUGAGAUGGCUUCUGUAUUCAAUUCAUCUGAAUCAUUUGUUACCAUUUAUCAAAUUGAGAUGGAUGAAAUUGGAUUUAUGUAUAUUGAUUUACCAGAUUGAAUGGUUGGUAAAUGUAUGCAGUAAAAUAGGUGUUAAUAUUA